AUGUUCCCACCAGUCAACAAUAUCUCUGAUCUGGCAAAGGGUAAGUUUGCCAUUUUUGUUCUUGAUAUGGUUAUUGAUCAUAAUAUUUCCCUAAUGAACAUAACAUUGGUUGGCAAAUUUAUGGGUCUCAAGCCUAACAUAGAAGUUGUUAGGGCCUUUGUCAAAAGAAGGUGGACAACUAAUGGCCAGGUUCUUAUCUCUACUCUUCCUAAGGGCUAUUUCACCUUUGAUUUUUCAUGCAAGGAGGAUAUUCAAGCUAUAAGAAGUGGAGGCCCUUGGGUUAUUGGCAAGUCCUCCUUGGCUCUUAAGAAGUGGACUACAAACUUGGAUCUUUCUGACUCCAUUUUAAAAAAUGUCCCAGUAUGGGUUAGACAUCUUGGCCUCCCAUUGGAAUAUGGGAAUGAAGAUGUUUUUAACGGCUUGGCUAACUCUUUUGGAGAACUUCUAUCUAUAGAUCCAACGAUGGCGUCUAGGAGGAUGUUGGUGUUUGCAAGAAUCUAUGUUGGUGUAUACCAGUAUGCAAAUUUAUCGUCAUCUAUUGAAAUACAAUCCAAGCUAGGCACAUGGGUUCAAGCUAUUGAGUUUGAAUCAAUCCCUUUUGCGUGCUUUAAAUGUAGAAAAUUGAGACAUUGGGCUAAGAGAUGUCCGUUGAAUGUUAGUAAGGAGAAAGAGAAUCCUCAACCCAAGCCCAAGAAAUUUUGGAAAAUAAAGAAUAAAGGAGAUGGUAAUGGAAGUGUAACCCAUCUGAAUGGGGAAAAGGAUAGUAAGAGCACUAUUAAGCCCUUGGAGGCCUUGGAUAAGGGGAAUGUCCCAAAUAAUCAAGUGGACCUGGAAAACCAGGAGCCAGUUAUCAAUAUGCCAAUCCUUGAUUUAGGUGACAAGGAGCAGGGUGUGAUUAGCCUGGAAGACAUCCAAAUUUAG